UUGAAUUUCUUAAAAAUAAAUCCAGUGGUUGCCUUUUGCAACUGGUGCAGCACUGCAACUGAGAACGGUGAGACGAUGGACCACGAGAGGGCAAACUAGGGGUAUCAUCCAUCAUACUUGGCAGACAGACAGGCGGAUGGGAGAAGAAUAGACCAACGCAGCGCUCACAAGCGAUAGCACCACAACUGGGUGGAAACGAGGCAGGGGAUGGUAUGGUUGAAUAUCGAAUGCCAGCCUACUAUAUUUUAGCAGUUUAUAACACUGAACUAUCUGGAUGAAAAGUUCCGCUGAAAACAACCGCCGUUGACUAGCAUAUUCUUUGGAGAUAAAGAAGAUACCAUUCACAAGUCUAGGGGAGCCCAGUGAGAGAUGUCGAUCCCCCCCAACUUUCUGAUUCUGAACACCACCUAAACGUCAGAGGUUAAAGGGUCAGCGGUCAGGGGUGGUCAACACCAUCAUGGCUGACAGUGAGGGGCUUGGCGGCAGUGGGGUUGAUCUGCCCAUCCUCGCACCGGGCCAGGUGUACGUGGAGGUGGAGUACGACUAUGAGUACAAGGCCAAAGAUAAGAUGAUCUCCAUCAGGCAGGGGGAGUGCUACAUGCUGGUCAGGAAGACCAACGAGGACUGGUGGCAGGUACGGAAGGAAGAGGGGAUGAAAGCCUUCUAUGUCCCAGCGCAGUACGUCAGGGAGGUGCGCCGGGCGCUCAUGCCCCCACCGAAGCCCCUCGUGUCGGGCGGGAUGGGUGGGACGAUCCGGGUAAAGCCUACAGUUCUGGAUAUCUGUAGCGCGUCCAAAGAGAACCUCAACAACAGGCCACCUCAGGAGAUGUCUAGUUUUGGGAGUCCGUCGCCCACCUCCACGCCCUCGCCCUCUUGGGGGCACGUCACCCCGCCUGCUCUGCCCAAGGAUGCCAACCAGAACCCGGAAAGCCCACGGCACAGCAAGCCCCCUGGCGUAGCCGAUCUGGUGCUCCUACACAACAACAAUAACCAUCACCACAGCAACAACUCCAAGUUACCGCAUAUGCGGGCGGACUCUCCGCCUCCCAGGGCCCCCAACAACCACCAUAUAAACCACAGCCAGAGCCAUGACUCGGACCGGACUCCCUCCUCUCCUGGGGACUCCCCGGGAGAGGGGUCAGAGAAGCUCCAGAAUGACUCGGAGUCUGGAGAUGACCUGAGCAGCAGCUCUACUGAACACAUGCAGACGACGUCUCCGAUAGUGCAAGGCCGGCCCGAGUCCCCUAUCUACACCAACCUCCAGGAGCUGAAGAUCUCCCAGUCCAGCCUGCCCCCCCUCCCCUCCGGCACCCCACUGRACAUCCUUGGGGACUGGGAGACCCACAAGGACCUCACCGGUAGACACUUCUACUAUAACAGAGCCACCGGGGAGCGCACGUGGAAACCGCCCCGUGCACGGGAUGCUAGUGGCAGUACCAGUAGUAGUCGAGGAGACCCCCAUGGUAUGGGAGAGAUGGAGCCCCUGUCUUCCGAGGAGAACUGUCACAGCAGCACAUACUCCAGUCAGUCAGACAGUCAGUCUGGAUCUCCCCCUAGAGGCUGGUCAGAGGAACUGGAUGAACACGGACACACCCUCUAUGUCUGUGAACACACUCAUGAGAAGUGGAUAAAGCACGUGGACAAGCAGGGGAGGCCGUACUACUACAGCUCAGACGGCUCCAGGUCUGAAUGGGAACUACCCAAAUACAAUGUGUCCCCUCAGCCAGGUGAUCCCCCCAAGAGUCGUAGCCUGGAGAGGAAACAGUCAGACCCCAUUGUCCUGACCAAGUGGAGACACAGCACCUACGUACUAGACCUCAACGACAAGGAGUGUGGGCCUACAGUCCCCAAGCCGAGUUCUCCUGACUUUGACUCCUGCCCCUCAUCUCCCAAGCACCCCUCAAUCCCCUCUGAGAAGUGUGGAGUCCUCAACGUCACCAAAAUAACUGAGAAUGGCAAAAAAGUCAGAAAGAACUGGACGUCGUCGUGGACGGUGCUACAGGGCUCCUCGCUGCUCUUCACUAAAGGACAGGGGAGUGGGACCAGCUGGUCCUACUACCGUAGUGGCUCCAUCCCUGAGCUGCUGCUCACUCUGCUGGCCAACUGGAAGCGUUCGGUCAAGCCUCGCCCAGCUGUCUCCUAUGACCACUCUGUCCAUGAGCGUUCCAAGGCUGCCACUAAGUUUGGGGGUAACCAGUCGAAGCCGGAAUUCACUGUGGAUCUCAGAGGGGGCUCAGUUGAUUGGGCCUCGAAGGAUAAGUCCAGCAAGAAGCACGUCAUUGAGCUGAAGACCCGUCAGGGGACGGAGCUGCUGAUCCAAUCAGAGAUCGACAGCGUCAUCAACGACUGGUACCGAGUCCUGACGGACACCAUCAGUACACAUGCAUGGGAGUCAGAUGAAGCCUUAGAGGAGGACAUGCCUGAGUCCCCCGGUGCAGAAAAACAAGACAAGGAGAAAGACCACAGAGACUCCAAGAAAAACAGAGCGAUGAAGACGUCUGUGAGUAUAGACUCUUCGGACCAGAAGAAGACCAGAGUAAAGCUGAAGAAGUUCCUGACUCGCCGACCCACCUACCAGGCCGUCAGAGACAAGGGCUACAUUAAAGACCAGGUGUUUGGCUGCAGCCUCAGCAGCCUGUGUCAGAGGGAGAACACUUCGGUGCCCACUUUUGUCACCAUGUGCAUCGACCACGUGGAAAACACAGGUCUGAGUAUAGAUGGGAUAUACAGAGUGAGUGGGAACCUAGCCGUGAUACAGAAGCUGCGCUAUGCUGUCAAUCACGAUGAGAAGGUAGAGCUGGAUGACAGUAAGUGGGAAGACAUCCACGUGACUACAGGAGCCCUGAAGAUGUUAUUCAGAGAGCUGCCUGAGCCCCUUUUCACCUACGACUCUUUCAACGAUUUUAUCAACGCCAUCAAAUGCUCAGACUACAAGCAGCGAGUGAAUUUGAUAAAAGACUUAAUCAAGCAUUUGCCAAAACCGAAUCACGACACAAUGCAAUGCCUCUUCAAGCAUCUCAGAAGGGUGAUUGAUCAUGGAGAGGCCAACCGUAUGACGACCCAGAGCGUAGCGAUCGUUUUCGGCCCCACCCUGCUCAGACCUGAGACGGAGACGGGAAACAUCGCUGUUCACAUGGUCUAUCAGAACCAGAUUGUUGAGCUCAUCUUACUGGAGUAUGAGAACAUAUUCGGCAGGUAGAAAAUAAACACCUAAGAAUGACACCUGAGGUAAACUCCUGUGGAAGAGGAAGAGGAUGGUCUGGUGACUGGUCGGACUCACCCAAUUACGCUUAUUUUUGUGACUGAAAACAUUGCUGCUGUGGACCCAGCAAUUUAAAGAAAGAAAAACAAAAUGUAAUUAUUGUUCAUUUGAUAAUAAGAUUAAUAAAGGAAACUAGUGAAUGACUUUGCACUUAACAUUUUGAGAGAGAUGAGUAUGAUGUAAAUAAAUACAGAUUUCAUUCACUUUGGUUGCCAUUCCUGCUGUGAGUAGCAGGGCGGUGCAGUUGCUUCAGGGGAGAGGGUUGGUUGGUUUGUUUGUUGGUGAGCUGGCUGGAUCUAGGCAUUGACGACGGACGGAGUGCAGUGUGAAUGGCGUGGAUGGAUCUCUCUCCGUGUGUGACGUGAUCCAGUGGAUUUGAGUGUACAGGGUAUAACUGUGUUCUACACUGGAUUCCUAUGGCCAGUAUUAAGUACAUACUACAUACAACAAGAGCUUGGUGAAUAAGACUUUCAUUGUUUUGGACUGGAGUGAAACAGAAGAAGAGGAUUGUGGGAUACAUUGAUGUGGCGUUAAAGAAACCGCUGGAGUGACUUCCGGCUUUCUCUGAUGACAUCACAACACAGGAAGCACAACUCCAUCCAGAUCAUUCAAACAACAACUAACUACACACUGAAUAACUGACUGGCUGGGUGGUCUGAUCUCCCUCUGUCAAGUCAUUGGAAGCCCAUAUCCUACUACCAUGUGGUAGAAUAUAGACCAUGCUUGGUCGUCUGUAUAAAGACUACUCUCAUUGCUUUGUGUUGGAAUAAUAAUAAGCUGAACCUAUGAACUGGAUAUUCUCAGUGUUGUGGAACAUUGACUGUUGACUUGACCUCUGAAUUUUGUGAAGUACAAUGUAAAGCCUCAGUGGUAUGGAUACAGAAUCAGUAUUAAAUAUGGGGGCUCUCUGACGAGACCCCAAAAUGAUGUAUGGGGUCUCUCAGAGGGGAACCCUGGAUCAACUGGAUGGGACAUAGUCAUGUGUAUUAGCUGUAUUUCCCCUACUUCAUAAUGAAAACAUUCACCACGAUCGGAUCUGGGAACUGCAUUUUAGCACUAUUUUCCCUUUAUAAUGCACUACUUUUGACCAGAGUCUUUGACCAGUCAAAAGUAAGGCAAUAUACAGGGAAUAGGGUGCGAUUUUGGACGUGAACAGGUCACCCUCCCUAUCCUACCUCCCUUGCUAGAACUGGAGCCCRGCCCCUUCUUCCAGAAAUACCCUUUGACCCUAGUGCAAUCAUCAACAGUGGUCAGUCAGUAUGUCACAUGACUGUUUUUGGGAAGCAUCAAAACAAACCUGUGUUUGGGGGAUAAUACAGUACAUGAACUUGCUAUAUCUGAAGACUGGCUGCAUCCUAAAUGGUUUCCUAUUCCCUAUGCAUAGGCCCUGGUCAAAAUUAGUGCACUACAUAGGAAAUAGGGUGCCUGCCAUUUGGGAUGCACAUAAGAUCUUCCCUAAUGUGUACAGAUAAAGAACAGAUGUGUGUUAUUGUCUAGUCUAACGUGCUUGGUAUGGUAGGCCUCUGCUAGUGAAAGGCCUUCAUUAUAAGUGUGAAAGUGUUGGCUUUUCAGUGAAAGGAGAUGUCCUCUUUUCCCCACCUUCCUCCCUUUCCUGCUCUCAUCCUUUCUUCCCUCGUGUUCUGGAGUUACUGGGAAAAGAGAUGGAGAUGCAGUCAGUCUUAACAUGACUAUUUCAGAUGAAUACUGGUUAAGUCCCAAAUAACACCCUAUUCCCUAUUUAGGGUGCCAUUUGGGAUGCAGGCCCAAGCCUUUGUUCCAACUUUAUAAUCACUCUCCUUACCUAAACUAAUCUCAACGGGACUGGGACUGGAGAGAAAAUGGAACUGGAAAAUAGUAUUACAUUCAAGUUUAUGGUGAUGGAAGGUACAAUGCAAAAAAGCCUCUGUGCAUAUUAUGUACAGCAGCCUACAUUAAAAAAAUAUUUCCUUAUUGAAGUAUGUAUGUUUUGAUGGUGAGUGGUUGGUUCAACGAGUGAAAUAUCACUGAUUUUGUAAAUUGUCGAGAAAAUACAUGGAUUGUUACAAAAGAGGAAAUGGUAUCUUGAUUUUGACGCAUGGUCAACUGCACAUUUUGAAUGUACUUUUCAGACUAACUGCUGUUUGUGACAUGUCUAAUAAAAAACUAAAACUAAA